CUCCCCUCCGCGCCUCUCCGCUCUCCCGGCAGAAAGUUAGCAGCGGGGAAGGAACUCAGGGCUGCAACAGCGCGCGGCGGCUGCAGAAGCCGAAGCAGGAGCCGCGGCGGAGCCGGUGAAACCGGUGCGCUGCAGUCGGAGCAGGUGUAGCCUGCGGGUCCGCGCGCCCCCCUCGGUCCCCGUGCCAGAGGCUGAGGGGGGUGGGUGGGCGGGAGGGUCGCCCGGACUCUACCGGCAGAGCGAGGCCGGGGGGGCCAUGCGGCCGGGCUCCCCCCCGGCGCAGCGGGACAGCGUCCAGGGCUGGGGGCGCAGCGUCGUCGCUUCAUGCAGCCGGGGCGGCUGGGCAGCGGCGGCGGCGGUAGCGGCGGCGGCGGCGGCGGCGGCGGGGGCGGCGGCUGAAACCAUGUCCGGGCAGCGCCGGGGGCUGCCGCCGCCGCCGCCGCCGCGAGCCGGGAGCCGCGAUGGCCCCGUGGCCCGCACCUCCUCCGCCUCCGCCUCCGCCUCCACCUCUCUCCGCGCCGCCGCCGCCCGGCGCUUCUGCUAAGGGGCCGCCGGCGCGCAAGCUGCUUUUUAUGUGCACCUUGUCCCUGUCUGUCACCUACCUGUGCUACAGCCUCCUAGGCGGCUCGGGAUCCCUGCAGUUUCCCCUGGCGCUGCAGGAGCCGCCGGGAGCCGCCGCCGAGCCCCCGCCGAGCCCGCCGCCACCCUCGCUGCCGCCUCCCCCCGUGCGCCUCGGCGCCCCCUCGCAGCCGCCCGCGCCUCCGCCGCCGGACAACGCCAGCCGCGGGGAGUCGCCCGGGCCCCCGGAGCAGCCCGCCGGCCCCGGGGUGGACGGUUGGGGGCUGGCGAGUGGCGGCGGCGCCCGGGACGCCUGGCUCCGGACCCCGUUGGCCCCCAGCGAGAUGGUCACUGCGCAGAGCGCGCUGCUCGAGAGGGACGCGCCGGAGUCCAGCACUGCCGACGAGGACCUCGCUGGCCGGAGAGUGGCCAACGGGAGCAGCGAGAGGGGCGGCGCCGCCAGCACCCCGGACUACGGGGAGAAGAAGCUGCCACAAGCCCUGAUCAUCGGGGUCAAGAAAGGGGGGACGCGAGCGCUGCUCGAGGCCAUCCGAGUGCACCCGGACGUGCGGGCGGUGGGCGUGGAGCCGCACUUCUUCGACAGGAACUACGACAAGGGGCUGGAGUGGUACAGAAAUGUGAUGCCCAAAACGGUGGAUGGGCAAAUAACUAUGGAGAAGACACCCAGUUACUUUGUCACCAAUGAGGCUCCCAAGCGCAUUCACUCCAUGGCCAAGGACAUCAAACUGAUCGUGGUGGUGAGAAACCCUGUGACCAGGGCCAUCUCUGACUACACGCAGACACUGUCAAAGAAACCCGAGAUCCCCACCUUCGAGGUGCUGGCCUUCAAAAACCGGACCCUGGGGCUGAUCGACGCCUCUUGGAGCGCCAUCCGCAUAGGCAUCUAUGCUCUGCACUUGGAGAACUGGCUCCAGUACUUCCCCCUCUCUCAGAUUCUCUUCGUCAGUGGCGAGCGCCUCAUAGUGGACCCCGCAGGGGAAAUGGCCAAAGUGCAGGACUUCCUAGGCCUCAAGCGUGUGGUGACUGAAAAACAUUUCUAUUUCAACAAAACCAAGGGAUUUCCUUGCCUCAAGAAGCCAGAAGACAGCAGUGCCCCAAGGUGCCUGGGCAAGAGCAAGGGCCGGACUCAUCCCCGCAUUGACCCGGAUGUCAUCCACAGACUGCGGAAAUUCUACAAACCCUUCAACAUGAUGUUUUACCAAAUGACUGGUCAGGACUUCCGGUGGGAACAGGAAGAGGGUGACAAAUGAGACAGGAGCUGUGAAGGGAAGGCUAGUGGACAGCUUAGGAGGUUCUUCCCCCGAAUCCUGAACCCCCAAGGUUCUGCAGAGCUGCGGCCUUGCUGGAGGGCUGUGCGUAUCCCCUCCUUUGUCUGGUCAGGAUGGCCUCUAGAGAUGUUGGCUUAGACAGAGGGAGUGGGCCCUCCAACCUCGUGGAGGAACUAAGCUCACCUGGGCAUCAGCAUCUGGUUGACCAGGUGGCCUCAGAACCCACUGCUUAUCCCUAAUGUCUGCUAGUUUACUGAUUCUGUGGACAAAGGGUAAAUAGUGCUAGAUACGGUGCCAUAAAUGUCUAUCUGAGUGGCAGAAAAGAGAAAGGUCUGCUUUCUGGGGGCUCUGGUUUGAGGAGGCUGGUUCUUGUUAUGUGUCUGGCACAGGCACCUGCUGUCCAACUCCUCUCUGGCUCCUCUCCACAACGUGGUUGUGACUGAGUGCUCUAGGACUUUGGGGAGCAAGUCCUCCCCUCACUUAUCCCUAGCCUUCUCUCUCAAUGCCUCAUGCUACAACCCCUUGACCUCCUCCCUCCCACAUCGUGAAGGAAGAGGCAUGCACGGUCCUCAC